CUCUUUAGACUUUAGAAAAGAAAAGUCCUAAGCAGCAAGGUCAGUCAAUUCUUUCUUUUAGGAAGGCUCCCACGUGCCAUUGAUUUAGCUGAAUUAGCUCUUGCCGUAAGCGCUCUUGCACGAGUACUGUAUCACUACAGUAAGAGGAAGUACGAGCAGAAAUCAGUAGUCACUCUUCGCCUUUCAAGAUAUUGCGUUUAAUAGAUAGAGAGAGAGCCAGUCUCUUUUCUUUAGCGACCGAGAAUGUUAUGUCAAAAGGACCAACGACGAUGAAGGAUACGAAGGAGAAGGAGGAGGAGUAGGAGCUUGCUUCAAUUGAAGCGCGGAAUCGAAUGAUUACGAGAUAGACAAUGAGACAAAGCCAAGAGAGGAGAGCACUUAGACAAUUCAUUUUUAGUACAGGGAAGUCUGCUGGUAGGAAUUCCUCAGGGCGUAUUACGGUUUUUCACCGAGGGGGUGAAUCGAAGCGAUUGCAGCGAAGAAUUGAUCUGAAACGAAGCACUUCGUCAAUGGGCAUUGUAGAAAGGAUAGAAUAUGACCCUAAUCGUUCUUCUCGGAUCGCUCCAGUACGAUGGAUCGAGGGGGUCUGGGUCUGCCAGAGGAAAUUGAAUACGAUAGAGGAGUUCGCUCCGCCGCGUAAGAUCCUCGAACCUACCACGACCACCAUCCGCGGCCAAUUUUCGUUCUCUUCCCUGCCCGGGAAGGUGGAUCAAAGAAAGGUAGCUUGCUUCUCUCCUGGACUGAUGGCGGCUUAUGUAGUGGUCGGCCCUCCUACCAGAAUGUCCCCUUGGUCGAAGAGCGCCUUGUAUAGUAAAGGUGCAGGAAGCAAAAAAACUUGCGCGAAGGACGUCUUCUUCUCUGCCCUCUCCUCUCCAAAGGCCAAGGGGGAGACUGUAUCCCUUUCCUUCGGUAGCUCUUUUGGUUUCCCAAGGGUAGCGGUAGCUGGGGCAAAGCCCGCUUUCUUCGCUCCGCGAAUGAGAGAGAAACUCAGAGGAAAAAACACGUUCUCUCUUUGCGAGGUCCGAAAGUGGAGAACGCAUAGCAUUCUCUGGGCACAUAGGAUCAAACGUAAAGCAGCGCUUUCUUGGCAGAGCUUUAGGCGGCAAGAUACUUUAGGGCUUGUUGGAGCUGCUGAGCAUAACGAAUCGAAGCCGAAGACGGAUCAAGGUAGCUUGCCUGCCAAGCCGAUAGGCGAAAGGCCGAAGGAUAGAGCGUGCAAAGUCGAUCGUGCACCUGUCACUUAUAUAAUAGCCAGUCAUCAAUUAGAAACAGGCAAAAUGGUGAUGAAUUGCGAUUGGUCCAAACCUUCGACCAGCGACUUAUUGCGACCCGCCCAGAAUGCUCAUCCAUACUAAGACCUUAUUCACACAGCGAAGAAAGGCCGAGUGGAAGGGGGCAGUCAGCUGGCUCGAGCGGCAGGAACUUUUGCUAAAAUAAUGAAGGAAGCAGCACUCCCCACACUUUCUCUUAAGCUUGUGCGGCUACCCUACCUACCUUCGGGUGUUGAAAAACUCAUAGAUUCCCGAUGUCGAGCUACUAUUGGUAUAGUUUACAAUCCCAACCACGGUGCACGUAAGCUUAGAAAAGCUGGACAAAGCCGGUGAUUAGGCAGACGCCCCAUUAUUCGUGGUGUUGCAAUCAAUCCAGUGGAUCAUCCUCAUGGAGGAGGUGAGGGGCGCACGAAAGGAGGGGCUUCGGUUAAUGCCUUUGUCCGUAGGCGGUUGUACACUUUAAGCUUGAAGUAAGAAGAGAUAUUUUUCCGGGAAAAAAAGGGGGAAAAAGAAAAGUCUAAGUGCAUAUGGCACGAAAAGGAAAUCCGAUUUCAGUAAGACUUGAGAAGAAUUUGAGUUCAAAUAUCCUUCGUCCGGUUCGUCAUUUAUUGACAGAUUUUUCGGUAUUGAUCUCUCUAAGAACUAGAACGGAUUUAUUGAGAUUAUUCUUUUUUUUUCUUAGAAUUUCCAUUUCUUUAGUACUCAUGUGUAUUCUUAGCCCUGCUGUCGCUUUAUGCGCGGGGCCCGAGGCAAUUCCAGAUCUUGACCUCAACGACUUUCCCCCCGACAUUUCCCCGGCCGAAUCCGCUCAAUUAGAACGCGAAACGGAAGAAAAUGCCCGGGAAUGUGAUCGCUUACACAAUGAGAUAUUUCAAAAAACUAAAGAAAUAGCUCGGGCGGCGGGAGUGGACGAUAAUCAAAAACUGGAGAAAAUCGUCGACGCGGUCAAGUUUCUUUCCGACGUGGAGGACUUGGCCGAAGAGGCGCGAAUCCCCUAUCUCCAUGAGUUCAAAGCCAAGAUCGAGAACAAAGAAACUUGGUUCGAGAUCGAUAAGGAAAUGAAGCGCUGGGGGGGCCGUGGCCUCUGAAACCCAAAAGCGGCAGAAUGGAAUGGAAAAGGGGUGCUUCGGAUCGGGAGUAAUCACUAGUUUUAGGGCGGGGGGAAGGACAAAUUUUCAAGAAGAUCUCGGGCUCGAUCUGGUUUAGUAUCAAGGUGAUUCUGUUUUUGUUCCUAAAUAUAUGGGUCCGUGCAGCAUUUCCACGAUAUCGUUAUGAUCAAUUAAUGGGACUUGGCCGGAAAGUGUUCUUGCCUCUAUCAUUAGCUCGGGUAGUCCCCGUUUCUGGUGUUUUGGUCACCUUUCAAUGGCUCCCUUAAUUAUGUGCGAGGAAUUUCCCUCUUGAGUAAUGGGAAGCGGGCUAGUCCCCGAAAAUGCCCGUUCGCUUGUCGUUGGGGCUAAAAA